GUGUAUUCUCGCAGCGCGUUCUGUUUGUCCUAACCGGCCACUGUAGUCGAUGCGUCAGUGGCGUUUAAUAUGGCGGCCACCUUGACGAGAGGUUUGUCAGGUUUGCUGAGACCCCUGUCGGUUUUAGGCAGAGACUGUCUCUCUCCUGCUGUCAGACUCCCACAGACAGCUGGUUUCUCAGCUGUAGUGCAGAGACAUGUCUCCAGACCACUGCCUGCUGUUCACACCGCUGCUCCCCUCCAACAGACCGGCCUGCUGAAGCGAGUAACGCCCCUCAUCCCUUCAUUGAUGCUCCAGCCGGUCAGGAACUUAACAUACUACAGUCUGAGGAAAGGCAAGAGGAAGUCUGUGAAGUCGGUUGUUCAACGGUUUCUCAGGUUGCACUGUGGCCUGUGGGUGAGGAGAAAGGCAGGAUAUAAGAAAAAGCUGUGGAAGAAGUCAGCAGCCCGCAAGAAGCGCCUCAGAGAACAUGUAUUCUGUAAUAAAACUCAAUGUAAAUUGCUGGACAAAAUGACAACAUCCUAUUGGAAAAGAAGAAACUGGUACCUCAACGACCCGUACCAGAAAUACCAUGAUAGAGUGAAUCUGAAGGUGUAAAACCCUCCUAACCUUAUUCUGUUCAUGAGACAUAAAGUGUGUAUACAUUUAAAAAUAUGGUGAGGAUUCAUGUGUAAAUGCACCCAAAUAAAUUCUUU